AUGGCUGGAGAUGUCCACGAGCCAGCGACCAUAAUUAACUUAAGCUGGUGGAGACGCCAUUUGACAUGGAGAACUCUGUGUCUUUUGCUUAUAGGUCAGCUAGUGUCUUUCUUUCUCGCACUGAUGAACUUCACUUCUUCACUGAUAGCAAAUCUCGGGGUUGAUGCGCCAAUUACGCAAUCGGCGUUUGCUUAUUCUAGCUUGGCUUUGGUUUAUGGUAGCAUUUUGCUUUAUAGGCGCCAAAAAUUACGGGUUCCUUGGUAUUGGUAUCUCCUCUUAGGAUUUGUUGACGUACAAGGGAAUUUCCUUGUUAAUAAAGCAUAUCAGUUCUCUUCAAUUACUAGCGUGACACUAUUGGACUGUUGGACUAUAGCAUGGGCUAUAAUUCUCACACGGAUUUUCCUAGGCACCCGAUAUUCUCUAAUACAAAUGUUCGGUGCAGCCCUCUGCUUGGUUGGCCUUGGCUUAGUACUAGUCUCUGAUUCUGGGGUGGGUGGUGGAGGUGGUUCAAAGCCUCUUCUCGGUGAUGCACUUGUUAUUGCUGGAACAGUGUUUUUUGCCAUGAGCAAUGUUGGUGAGGAAUUUUGCGUAAAGAAAAAGGAUCGUGUUGAAGUGAUUACCAUGAUAGGGUUCUUUGGGAUGCUUGUAAGCGCGGUGGAAUUAUCAAUAUUGGAGCGUAAGAGUCUGGAAUCAGUAGAGUGGUCUGCAGAUAUAAUAUUAGCUUUCGUUGGCUAUACUUCUGCAUGCUUUGUGUUCUACUCCGUGGCUCCUUUUGUUCUCAAGUUGAGUGGAGCCACAAUGUUCAAUCUCUCAUUGCUCACAUCAGAUAUGUGGGCUGUCAUCAUUCGGAUCUUCUUCUACCAUCAGAGGGUCGACUGGUUGUACUAUGUUGCUUUCGCUGCUGUAGUUAUUGGACUCAUUAUUUACUCAAUCGCAGAGGAAGAUUCCAUUCAUGCAGGAUUUCUUGAGGAUGCAAACCAUGACAUUCCUUACCAAAUUUUGGAUAAUGAAAAUGGGGGAUCAAGAGAUGAAUCUUUUGCUUCCCGAAUAGCAGAUUAGCCCAUGGCAGCCCUGUCCAAGAUAUAUGUUUAAAGGAUGGAACUGGGUUAAUAGUAAGUGGGAAGAUGUAUGCAACAUCACCAUUAAUAUGUAUACUUCGAACAAGAAUCGAGGGUAGCUUUAUUAUUACUGUUAUUAUUGUAAAUGAAUGCUGUUGGUGGAAUACUCUGAUAUUCAAACAGAAGAGCCUUCUGCUUAUAAUCAAUAUGCAAUGUAACUAUAUUCCGAA